AUGAAAUUUUUAGUUUGCUUAUUACUUAUUGCUGCAGUUUUAAUUAAUUCUGCUAUGGGUUCAUUCAGUAUUUUAGCAUUGAAACAUCAAUGUAAAAGUUAUUGUGCUAAUGCAGAAAACUAUGCACAAGAUUUAUUAACAGAAGCUGUUGGUGCUGAAAAUAUUCAAUUAAUUCAAAACCAUGCAGAAAAUGAUUUCAAAAAUUCAUUCCCACAACAUUAUGAAAAAAUUGUUGAAAUGAAAGAAUAUUUAGAAUCAUGUGAACAUGCUUGUGAUUCAUUGAUCCAAGAGGAAAUCUUUAAUUACUUUCAAUAA